AUGAGCAGUGAGCGUUUGUUACCUCAUUACACGGCCAACAGCUCCCGUUCAGUGGGCGUGUUCAGUACCUCCAUGGGGGACCUGCAACGACAACUGUACAAGGGAGGAGAGUAUGACAUUUUCAGGUACGCACCCAUGUUUGAGAGCGACUUUAUCCAGAUCAGCAAGAAAGGAGAGGUGAUUGACGUACACAACCGCGUCCGGAUGGUGACUGUGGGCACUCGCAUCCACCAGCCCCCUCCUCCCACUACCGACGUCAUGCUGCUGGCCCGACCAACGAAAUUCUGUGAAGAGCAUGUCAGAUACGCCCGGAUCACCAAGGGGAGAGGUCACAAGCCCGCGAAGACCCUAGAGCUCACCAGGCUGCUUCCCUUGAAGUUUGUCAAGAUCUCCAUCCACGACCGUGAGAAACAGCAUUUGCGCCUGAAGCUUGCCACCGGCCGUACUUUUUAUCUGCAGCUGUGCCCCUCUUCCGAUGCACGAGAAGACCUCUUUUUCUAUUGGGAAAAGCUUGUCUAUCUCCUGAGACCACCGGUAGAGAGUUGCAGCAGUACCCCGACGGUCCAAACUGGAGAUGCAGUGACUAUAGAGGAUACCAAAAUCCUAGUGACCACAGAGCUCCACAGAGAAAGGGAUCAGGAUGAGGCUGGGCUUCACAAGCUUCGUGACGUGUCUGGAGCCACGUCUUGGGCUUAUGUUGGGGGAGAGGAAAUCCAUCAUGCCCCCCAUGGCUCAACUGCAGCCGUGAAAAGUGCCGGAGGAUCGGCGGCAGGGAUGACCACGGGCCUGGCCAUAGCAGGGACAGCAUCAGGCCCUGGCGGAGGAGUGGCAGUCGCAGGGGUGGGAGCAGGCCCUGCAGGAGGUGCUGCGAGCUUGGCGGCAACCAAGAGCACAGGCACCAGCCAGGUGCGCAUGGCCCUGGCAGGAGCCACCAUCAAGGAUCCAGGAGAAAGCGGAUCCGGCAAGGCCAUUUCAGGUGCUGCGAGCUUGGCGGCAACCAAGAGCACAGGCACCAGCCAGGCCAUUUCAGGUGCUGCCACCAUAUCCUUGGAGGACACGAACCUGGUCUUGGCAGGUGCUGCCAGAACAUCCUCGACGGGGGCAGAUAGUCCAGAGAGCAGCGUGAGCGUAGAGUUUGCAGGUGCAGCAACGACCAGCAAGCCUGCUGCUGGAAGAGCUGAAGGGCAGGUCGCAGCCCCCCUGGUCUCCACCUUGCAGAGCGAAGGCUACAUGUCUGAACGGGAUGGAAGCCAGAAGGUCUCCCGCCCCAGGGAUGAAGCCUGGAAGGAAAAAAAGGAAAGAAGGGAAAAGAAGGACAAGUCUUCAUCUAGGAAAAGUUCCCAUCACCGCAGGACAGGUGAAAGUCACCACAGGACAGGAGGGGACAAGACCCGGAAAUCAUCCUCCCACUGGUCCUUAUCCGGCCAUGGACACUCAAAAGAUGACAAAAAAGAAAAAGGGCACAGUGGCACCAGGGGCAGAGGACACAGCUCUCACAGGAGUGGCGGCCACAGCUCUUCUGCCAAGGGGGGGAGGACAGCUCGCAAACUGGGGAAGAGCCGGUCCGCCACCAGUUCAGGGACUCUAAGUAAGAAAUCCAGUAAGAUCCGCUCUUUCUUCAGGAGCUUCAGAGUCAUUCCUGGUUCAAAAACAAUGGUCACACAUGACAGAGAGGUAGACGUCGUGGCUAAGAUGGUAGAGAAGCACAACAUAGAGGCCAAGGUGGAGAAAGCCCCGGUUGGCCAGGAUCUGGAGAUCUGUGGAACUAUGACAUCAGAGACGAUGGAGACCAUCAUUAUUGAAACCAAAUCCAUUUAA